AUGUUCGAGACGCAGCAUUGGUCCGUCGACUCGACCCGCAAGAGGGCCCGGGAGGAGGAGGAGGAGGAGGAGGCGGCGGCCAUGCACGCCAGCGGCAUCACCGGCUUCACCGAGCACCGCAACAAGCGCCUGCACUCGCUCCCCGUCCGCACAUCGCCCAACCACAAGCGGAGCUUUCCCAUCAGCCACCUGCCGCCCUCGACCGUCACCCCGGCCGACUCGGACUCCGAAGACCUGCACCAGCCGCCCUCGCACUUCUCGCCCUGGUCCGACUCCUCGCCCGCCCUGUCCCACCAGCAGCACGACUCGCCCAACCUGCCCAUGGACAUGGACCGCGACACGGACAUGAUGGCCGGCGAGGGCGACGGCCACCACUUGCAGCCGGGCCCGGCCCAGCCGGACCACCACCCCGUUGCCCCCAGCAUCAACGGCCGCAUACCCACUCCCAUCCACGCCACCUUUGCCGCUCAGGUUCGCGGCAGCAGCUGGGGCACCACCAACCACCAGGGCCCGCAUCCGACGCCCAACGCCGGCCUGCCGUAUCCUCAGGCCUUCCCCCCGCCGCCCGAGUCCUCGGUGCCGCGCUCUCUCGACGGAGGUGUAGAAUGGUCCAUGGUCCAGAACCGACGCCUGCCGUCGCCCAUCAGCGAGAGCGGCGGCGAGGAGGCACCCGCCAGCCCUGGCAUGAUCCUCGACUCGUCCUCGCAGGCCGUCUUGCAGCGCCCCUAUCUGCCGCAUCUUCCGCACUCGACCAACCCGGGCACCGCCAUCCACCCCAACGUGGAGAUCAUCACUCGGAACUCGGGCGAUGCUGAUGUCGGCAUGAUGGAUACCGACCCGGCAGUCCAGCAGCAGCAGCAGCAGCAAGACCCUCAGUCGCCGACCUCGGCCCCCGCCACGCCUUCGCCGCGAGGCAAGUUCGGCCACUCGCGCAGCAAGCACACCCUCAACUCGUGGACCCUGCAGCCGGGCAUGAAGAAGUCUUUCAGUAUAGGAUACCGAGCCGACUGCGAGAAAUGCCGUAUGAAGAUUCCAGGCCAUUUCAACCACAUCAUUGUCUCGUAA